GUAUUGGUGUAUAGAAGCGAUGGUAUAGCUGCGCGCGGCGCCUAGCCUAGUCUAUAACUGUUGUAAAUUAUAUCUCGUAGCUGUUCGGGGGCGGCUCGACCAACCGGACUGACAGUACAGCGACUAGCGCGAGAGCCUUCAGUUCAGUAAUCGAGCAAACGAGCACCGCGCGCGCACAGUAAUCGCAGUGGCCAGUGGAGUUAAUGCCUGUGGCUGUGCCAACAGCAGUAGUAGCAGGCGGGGAACGGCCCGGCAGCAAAGGUCACCUUCACACCGACUUGGUGUGCGCCUUUCGCGCACAUUUGCUCGAAGCUUCUGCUUCUGAAUUGCGGACACUUGCAGCUGCAAUACACGUCAACUCGACACUCGGUGGUAUCUAGCUGUGCUGCUGCUGCUGCAGAAGACUAAGAAAAGCGCGUUCUUUCGUACGCUGGCCACUGACUGGUGAACUAGUCUUCGACGAUCAUCAUGGACGAAGAACAGGUGGCCCACAGGUUUAUUAAACCUGGCAGUCACAGAGGGAAAGGCCUUGCUGUUUUUACCAGUGGUGGCGAUUCUCAGGGUAUGAAUGCUGCUGUCCGUGCUGUUGUUCGCAUGGGCAUCUACUUAGGGUGCAAAGUUUUCUUCAUUAGAGAAGGUUACCAAGGAAUGGUGGACGGUGGUGACAAUAUCGUUGAGGCCAACUGGUCCUCUGUGUCUUGCAUCAUCCAUCGUGGUGGCACGGUGAUCGGCUCGGCCCGUUGCAUGGAAUUCCGAGAGCGUGAAGGUAGAAAGAGGGCGGCCAAGAAUUUGGUGACACGCGGUAUAUCCAACUUGUGCGUCAUUGGUGGAGACGGCUCUCUGACCGGUGCCAAUCUCUUCAAAGAAGAAUGGGCCGAUCUGUUGAAAGAAUUGGUGAAAGAUGGCGAAAUCACACUGGAGCAAAGCGAAAAAUACAAGCAUUUGCACAUCGUCGGUCUGGUUGGCUCGAUCGACAAUGACUUUUGCGGAACGGAUAUGACCAUCGGUACGGACACCGCGCUACACAGGAUCAUCGAAAGCAUCGAUGCCAUCGCCAGUACUGCCUACUCGCACCAGCGUACCUUCAUUAUGGAAGUAAUGGGCCGUCAUUGCGGGUACCUGGCGAUCGUAGGUGCUUUAGCCGCAGAGGCGGACUACGUAUUCUUCCCGGAAAGUCCACCUCCCGCCGACUGGCCUGAGAAACUUUGCAAAAAGUUGGAGCAGGAGCGGCUGACGGGUCAGAGGCUGAACAUCAUCAUCGUGGCUGAGGGUGCCCUCGACAGAAACGGUGACCCCAUCACCGCUGAGAAGGUGCGCCAGGUCGUCGUCGAGAAGCUUCAGCAGGACACGAGAAUCACGGUUCUCGGCCACGUCCAACGCGGUGGCAAUCCCUCGGCCUUCGAUCGCGUUCUCGGCUGCCGUAUGGGUGCCGAGGCCGUGAUGGCACUGGUUGAGGCGACCCCCGAAACGGAAGCCUGCGUCGUAACAUUGGACGGCAACCAGGCCGUACGGCUGCCUCUGAUGGAAUGCGUACGGCGCACCAAGGCUGUGGCCCAGGCUAUGGCUGACAAGAACUGGGACUUGGCUGUACAGCUACGUGGAAAGGGCUUCGUCCGAAACCUCGAGACCUACAAGAUGCUAACUCGGCUCAAAGCUCCCGUCGAAAUCGACCCCAACAAGGAGGGAGGUCAUCCCGUGUUGACCAAGGACCAUUACACAUUGGCGGUGAUGCACGUCGGUUCGCCGUCAUGCGGCAUGAACGCCGCUGUGCGUUCUUUCGUGAGAAACUGCAUUUACCGCGGUGACAAGGUAUACGGUAUUAUGGACGGUGUUCUGGGCUUGGCGACGGGCAAGUUGAAGCUCAUGGAUUGGCCCUCGGUGACGGGUUGGGUCGCUCAGGGUGGCGCCUAUCUGGGUACUAAACGAGCCCCACCCAAGGACGAUCAACUUCCUCUAAUCGCUCAGAAACUGAAGGAGUUUGGAAUUCAGGCUCUUCUUAUAAUUGGUGGUUUCGAGGGAUUUCAAACCGGUCUUAGUUUCUACAACGCCAGAACUCAGCACCCAGAAUUUCGCAUCCCCAUUGCCAUGAUUCCUGCCACUAUUAGUAACAAUGUUCCGGGAACCGAGUUUUCUCUGGGUUGUGAUACAGCUCUCAAUGAAAUUACCGAGAUUUGCGACCGUAUCAGGCAGUCGGCUCAGGGUACAAAGCGCCGCGUUUUUAUCAUUGAAACUAUGGGCGGAUUUUGCGGUUAUCUUGCCACCCUGGCGGGACUGGCAGGUGGUGCCGACGCGGCCUACAUUUUCGAGGAAAAAUUCAACAUCAAGGAUCUUAACCAAGAUAUCAUCGCGAUGGCUGCCAAAAUGUCCGAGGGAGUGCAGCGCGGUCUAAUUCUGCGUAAUGAGAGUGCCAACUCGAAUUACAAUACCGAGUUCAUGCAAAGGCUCUUCACCGAAGAGGGUAAAGGACUUUUCAGCUGCAGAAUGAAUAUAAUCGGUCACAUGCAGCAAGGUGGUUCGCCCACUCCGUUUGAUCGUAAUUUGGGCACUAAGAUGGGAGCCAAGGCUGUCGAAUGGUUUACAGAGCGAUUGAAGAAGGAUACCACAGCCGAUGGACAGGCGGUUUCUAAUAGCGACGAGAGUGCCGUAAUGCUGGGUAUUGUCAGACGUCAGUACAGAUAUACGCCGUUCAGCAAACUAAUCGAUACCACUGAUUUCGAGCACAGAAUCCCUACAUAUCAGUGGUGGAUGAAACUGCGUCCACUGCUCAAAGUAUUGGCAAAGCAUGAGUCGACCUACGAGGAAGAGGGUCUCUACAUCACGGUCGAGGAAAUGGACAAGAACAAUGACGCACCGCUAGUUUAAUCUCGUCUGCUAGAUGCAACGACAGUUUUUCUAGCCAGUAUUCCGUUUUAUUCGCAGUCUCGCCCCCCCCCCCUCCCCUUCCCUCUCUCUCUCUCCAAUAUAUAUUUGUUCAUUUUUGUCGUUACAUUAUAAUUAUUAUUCAAGUUUCAAUGAUAUUUGCAACAAUGAAAAGCACGCCAAAACUUGAAUAAUGCUCAUAAUUAAUAUAUUAACGAUGGUGUCGAUGAUUAAAGAACAAAGUAAAAUGCAACAAAUCAUGAAUACUAUAAACAAGCCUGAUAAGGUCACUGUUUAUGUCACUCUCAUGCGCGCAAGAUGAAGAGCUGGUCACUUUCUCUGAACCUGCAUUUUUUUCGAAAAAAGCGAAAUAAGAAAGUAGUUUAUAUAUAACCUGUUACAAUAGUGUUUUGCACGCUGGUCGCGGAAGCACACGUUAAUAGAGGAAAAGAGAGAGAGAGAGAGAGAGAAAUAGCAAAGUUGAAUUUUUUCACUUCUUAGCCGUGUGUCAAGGAUGAAAAUGUUAUACUUUUAGAUAAAUGUACCCAUAAGCCUCGGGGGGGCGCAUACUUGAAUGAGCUGUUAUAACAAUGGUGAUAAAUAUAUGAAUAUAUAUUUUCAAGUGUGACUAACAAAUUCUGUAUUUUUAUUAGUAAGAGUAAUAGAAGAAUUUCAUGUCAAUGUAAGGUUAAAGCCUAAAAAAGGGUUUUAUAGGGAAAAAAAAAAUGAAAGCAAAUGGAUCAAUGGUUUGGUUUUUUCUUUUAGUUUAUGCCAUAGUUAUUUAAAAAUAUUUAUCAAAUAAGGAAACAUGCGUGCACGUAUGUAUGAGCAGUGUGCAUACGCUGUACAUGCACUCAUUGAUAGUACACUUUUCAAUAGUAGAGCAAUUAUUUUAUCCAACUCUACUAACCUGCAAGGAACAAAUUAGAUUUUUCGGCUGUGGGGAAUAAAAUAUUGUUUGACAGUUGAGAGGCUAUAUGUGAGACUGUAAUUGGAAGAAUUCCCCUGCGAGAUAAACAAGCAAUUUCCGCUCCCGUGUCGAAAAGCCAAACCAUCGCGCAGAUUACCAUGAUUGUGUCCAAUUGAUGAACCUCUGCAGUCUCCUAAAAUAUAACAAUAACAUUUAUUAGUGCGUACUUUGACCACCCAAUGCAGUGGUCUCGUCGUCGUAGUCGACGAACAUACAUAUGUACCUAGAAAAAGCAGCACUGCAGCAGUCAGAGAAACAGUCAAACGGAAAACAAACCUAGUUCCACACUUUUGUCAGCGUUUUGUAAGAGAAAAAAAAGAAGUGUCAGAAUUCUCCUUACUUAGCGUUUUGAGUCGCUUCGAGGCUUUAAAGGGCUAUCUGGAGAAAUAUACUUGUCUACCUCAGAAAGUCGACUAAUCAAUGCGAUCGCCCGAUAUAGAAGAAAUCGGCGCGACUCUCGGGCUAUGUAUCCGAGCAGUCAUCGUAGUCGAUCGCGCGCAUAAUUUUCUCGAAUGGAAAAUAAUAACAAAUAUAACGCUGUCCUGAUAGCGCGUCAUUUUUUGUUGAUUGUCGAUAGUGUAAUGUUUUUGAAAAGAAAAAAAAACAGUUUAGUCAGCUGCAAAUGUAUUGUGCACAUUCUCCUCCCCUCGCAGCUCUCUCUUUUCUCAAGAUUUAUAUAGCUCAUGUUGUUUCUGCUAAAUAGAGUUAUAUCGACAAUAUACAACGACAAACGACAGAUAAAAGUUAAUAAUGUCUUGAAAAUGACGACGCACACUUUAAUGCGAUAUCUGUACUUGUACGUGUACAAGACUUGUUGGUAGAAAAAAAUAAAAACGAGAGAGGGGAAGGUGGGAGAGAGAAAUGGGCAGCUCGGAAAUAUCGAAUUUGGACGAAUUUUCGUGUUCAAUGUGUCGUGUUUAUUGUGCGUCUCUUAUACAACGCCGUUCAGCAGUCCGUUUGUUCGAUCACGCACUCAGCUCUUUACACAAUCGAGUUUUCAAGUUUACCUGCACAAGGCGUAUAUAGUAAAGUGCGCCUGCAGUUAGUCCAAAGAAUAAAAUAGAGGAAAUUGCAAUAAGCGCAAAAAUAAGAUUCUACUUGAAUAUGGCAUAAGAAUUUGAGAUUUGUAAGUGAACGAAUGAAUAAAGUUAUACACGAUCGUA